AUGGCUUUCGAGGACAUCGCGCCGUUACUACCGACAGCGCACCGCCGAGCGCGCAAUUCUCGAGCCGGUAGUAUGUCCGAAAGCCUCGACGUCUCUUGCGGGUCGCCCGUGUCCCACACGACAGCCGAGCGCCAUAAAGACAAAAAGCGCUUUGCGCGAUUCGAACGCCUGUCGUCCAUUCCUUUGAUUGCGCUAGCGGGCGUACUCGUCUGUGGCUUUGUCAUGGGGUACUACACGCAGCUGUUGCUCUUUUUCUGUCGCGUUCGACUUGGGUUCCAAGCGACAGUCCUGCCGAUUGUGGCGUCGCGACUUGUUCCACACGACAGCGAAGAGACUUAUUCGCUGUUGCACGAACCCAUUCAGCGCGUGUUGUUUGUGUGCGACAAGACGAAUUGGGACUUUGUGGGCUUUAUCGUGAGUCCUGAGACACUCGUGUUUGCCCACAAAGACGUUUCAAUUCCACUGGCGCUCGAAAACAGUCUCCAGGUCGUCCGGCACACUGGGGUGGACAGCUAUUUGAAUCUCCACAACAAAACGGUGACCAUUAUGAGCCAUAUCCAGGCAACAAACGCCCGCAGUCACUUGUUGAAACAGGACGACGAAGCCGUGAUCUACUGGCCACAGUACUACCAGUGCUUGCAACAGUGCACGGACUUGGCCGCGUGCUAUGCUGGGGACAUGCACGUGAAUGUCGGCGGCGUGUCAAACACAAACUCGUACGUGUUUGCGACUGGCGGGUCGUACUUUGUUGGGAGUGGCGUGAUCAAGUGCAUCUUGGACAACCCGAUUUAUGUUGAGCUGGAAGGACUGGACUAUGGCGAAGACAAGACGGUUGGCAAGAUGAUCCACUAUAACAAGUGCAACGUGGAGUACGUGAGCUGCAAGUGGUUCAACAAUGAGGAAGUGUACUUGCCGCAUGCACAUGUCAAGAUGACAAAGGGCGCGGCGACAGCGGUGCGUAGGGACACAAUCUUGGUCGACCGAGAAAGGUAUUUACAAGUCACGAACGGCGGACGUGGCAAUACGGUGCGUCGUCUGGACGAGAACGACGAGCAGACACGACAAGACGGUGUGUAA